AUGUUCCCUUCCCUUGAAUCCAUAAUUCUUGAGUCAUGUUCAAACUUAAGAAGUUUUUAUUUGGGGCAUGAUACAGUGGAAUAUCCAUGUUUGACAGAACUUACAGUAGAAGGUUGUCCAAAGAUGAUUGCAUUCGCAACUUCGUCUCUAAGAGAGCAGAAUAUAAAGACUAAUGGCAUUGCACCAUUUUUCAGUUAUAAGGUGGUGUUCCCUAACUUAAGAAAAUUGGUAAUCGUUGGCAAUGGGUAUUGGACAACGAUAUGGGACGAUAAACUCACAUUUGAUUCAUCUUGUGAACUAACUCUUCUUGUUGUGAAAAAUUGUGAAAGACUUCUGAAUGUUUUCUCAUUUCAUAUGAUGGGAAAACUUGACAAACUCGAAAAUCUUCAAAUAUUGAACUGUGAAUCCUUGAUAGAAGUAAUUGGGCUUGAUCAUGGACUCAAUUCCACUGAAUCAACCAUCCUGUUUAUAUUUCCUAAAAUAAGAUUCUUGAUACUUCGGUGGCUACCCAAAUUGAAGAAUUUCUAUUCCAGGUCGCAUACUACAAGAUGGCCAUCCUUAAAACAAUUAGAGGUGACAGGAUGCGACAAUGUGGAGAUAUUAGCUAGGGAGUAUUUGAGCUUUUCAGAAACAUUUGGAGAGAGUCAACUGGAAAUUAUCCCUUCUGAACAACCCUUGUUUUGGGUUACUAAGGAUACAUUCUCCAAUUUAAAAUGCUUACUUUUGGGAGCAAAUGGCAUUAUGACGGAGAUAUGCCAUGGACAACUUCCAGCCCAAUAUUUUUGCCAACUAACAGAUCUUCGGCUCAGAAAUAUUCCCAAUAUAUCAGCAACUAUUCUAAACAGUUUUAUUCAGUCUUUACCAAAUCUUGGAUCACUUGUUGUGAGAGAAGCUCCCUUCAAUGAAAUAUUUCAAUGCGAAGGGCUGGAGGGUGAGGAGGAACAUCCAGGGGCACCUGCUCGGUUGACUGAAUUAAUACUUAUAGAACUUCCUGAGUUGACACAUCUCUGGAAGGAAGAAUACCAAGCUGGAGAAGUUUUCAAUAACUUGAGAAUUCUAGAAGUGUGGAAAUGCGACAAAUUGGAGAAUUUAGUGCCAUCUUCUGUGUACUUUAAAAAUUUGACAACUCUGUUAGUGUCAAAUUGUCACAGGCUUAAAAACUUAGUAGCACUGCCAACGGCAAAAAGCAUGGUGGUACUCAAAAAAAUGAGAAUCACUGAUUGCCAAAUGAUAGAAGAAAUCAUAGCUCAUGGAAGUGAUGAUGUGAUGGAUGGCAUCCUGUUCUCCCAACUGGAGUCUUUGGAACUUGGUUGUCUUCCGAGCCUAUCAAGCUUCUGCUCGGGGAAUUAUGCCUUUGGAUUCCCUUCCUUGGAAGAGUUAAUAAUGAGACAGUGUCCAAAGAUGGAAAUUUUCACUAAGGGAGAGUUGAGCACACCGAUGCUGAGGGGAAUACAAUCAACUAAAGGUCAAUAUGUAGGGCAUUGGGAAGGCAAUCUCAAUGCCAUUGUUCAACAGUUGUUUACAGAAAAGGUUUUUCCAAGCUUGGAGGAUUUAGAACUGUCCUCAAUCAACAUUCAGAGAAUCUGGCAUAAAAGACUUCUGGCAACACCUUCUUGUGCUCGAUAUUUAACAUGCUUAACUAUCGAGGGCUGUCACAAUUUAAACUGUACAUUUUCGUCCUCAAUGAUGGAAAGUUUUGCGCAACUCAAGAGGCUUAACAUUGUGAAUUGUGAGAAUGUAGAAAAAGUAAUCUUGAUAGAAGGAUUAGCCAAAGAAGAACUGAUGAGCCAAAAGUUGUUCCGUACACUAGAAUUCCUAUUGCUCAAAGACCUUCCCAAACUGACGAGAUUCUGCCAUGGAAGUUACUUUGAAUUUCCCUUGUUGAGAAUUCUUAGGAUAGAGAGUUGUCUUACAUUAGAUACGUUUGUCUCUGAUGCACAAGGAAACGACUCAGAGAUUGCCUCUCCAACUCUUUUCAAUGAAAAGGUGAUAAUCCAUUACUUUGUUUUAUCUGUAUCAUUACUUUCUCUCCAUUAA